CGCCUCUGGGCAGCCUGGGACAACUUCCGCCUACUCCACGGAAUGCCGCGGCAGUUCACGUGGCCUCGUACGUCACAUCCGGCCCUUGGGAUUCUGCCUUGGUAACCCUCGCGAUGAAGUGCGUGUUUGUUACUGUGGGGACCACCAGCUUUGACGACCUGGUUGCGUGUGUCUUGGCGCCCGACUGUCUGCAAAUCUUAAGGAGCCUUGGUUACAACCGACUCGUCCUACAAAUAGGUAGAGGAACGGUGGUACCUGAACCAUGCAGUACUGAGUCAUUCAUUCUGGAUGUUUACAGGUACAAAGAUUCAUUGAAAGAAGACCUUGAGAAAGCAGAUCUAAUUAUUAGUCACGCAGGUGCAGGAAGCUGUUUGGAGACUCUGGAAAAAAGAAAGCCUCUCAUAGUAGUUGUAAACGAAAAGUUGAUGAAUAAUCAUCAGCUAGAAUUGGCAAAGCAGCUAUACAAAGACGGGCAUCUCUUCUACUGUACCUGCAGGAUCUCAACUUGUCCUGGGCAAGCCAGCUUUGCUUCUGUUCCCAAGAAGUGCCAAGAUUCUGCAACGCUGACUCCAACUGCCUUCUCAUACCUAGACUUUGGGCUGCUUUCAGGAUACCUGCAUAAGCAAGCUCUUGUCACUACUACCCAUCCUACCUGCACCCUCCUUUUUCCUUCUGGCUACACUUGUGUUCGUUUCUCUCCCUCCCCACCUCACCCCCACCCCCUGGGCACAAUGCAUAAAGGAUGGAAAAAGUACUGCGGCCAGAAGUCUGCGAGUGAGGCAACAAUGGAUGAAUAUUUAGGCAGCUUAGGACUAUUUCGAAAACUGACUGCCAAGGAUGCCUCUUGCCUCUUUCGGGCUAUUUCGGAGCAGUUGUUUUGCAGCCAGGUCCAUCAUUUGGAAAUCAGAAAAGCUUGUGUCUCAUAUAUGAGAGAAAAUCAACAAACUUUUGAGUCUUAUGUGGAGGGAUCUUUUGAGAAAUACCUGGAACGGUUGGGAGAUCCCAAGGAAAGUGCUGGCCAGCUGGAAUUAAGAGCUCUUUCUCUGAUAUAUAAUCGAGAUUUCAUUCUUUAUCGCAAUCCUGGAAAACCUCCAACUUAUGUCACAGAUAAUGGCUAUGAAGACAAGAUUCUACUCUGCUAUUCAAGUAAUGGUCAUUAUGAUUCAGUAUACUCAAAACAAUUUCAGUCAAGUGCAGCUGUUUGUCAAGCUGUAUUGUAUGAAAUUCUCUAUAAAGAUGUGUUUGUUGUGGAUGAAGAAGCAUUGAAGACUGCAGUUGAAUUGUUUCGAAGUAGUUCCAAGAAGAACAGAAACAGUGCUGUCACUGGUAGUGAGGAUACCCAUGUUGCCUACAAGAGUUUAACUCAGGAUAGGACUGCCGAGUGGGGUGAUUCCUGCAGUGUUGAAAAUACACCAGAGGUGUGCAGUGGAGGAACAGAAGAAGCAAAGUCUCCAGAAAAUCCAUCAAAGAUGCUCUUCCCCUAUAAGGUGCUCAAAGCUCUGGAUCCAGAAAUCUAUCGUAAUGUAGAAUUUGAUGUUUGGUUGGACAGCAGAAAAGAACUUCAAAAAACUGAUUACAUGGAGUAUGCUGGAAGACAUUACUGUUUGGGAGACAAGUGUCAGGUUCGCUUGGAAUCAGAUGGAAAAUAUUAUAAUGCUCAUAUUCAGGAAGUUGGAAAUGAGAACAAUUCAGUAACAGUCUUCAUUGAAGAAUUGGCAGAAAAGCAUGUUGUUCCACUGGCUAACUUAAAACCAGUUACUCAAGUGACACCUGUUCCUUCAUGGAAUGCUAUGCCUACCCGGAAAGGAAGAGGCUACCAGAAAAUGUCUGGGGGCUAUUUCCCAGAAAUAGUCAUGCCUGAGAUGGACAUAAAGCAACAGAAGAAGAUGUUCAGGAAAGUUAGAGGGAAAGAAAUUUAUAUGUCCAUGGCUUACAGCAGGGGAGACACCCUGCCUCCGCCCAGUCUUCAGCACAGUGUUAUGCAUUAUGGGCAUGACCCUGUAAUGCACUACUCACAGACAGCUGGCAAUGUUAUGGCUAAUGAACAUUUUCAUCCUCAACAUUCAUCUCAUAGACAAGGUCGGGGUUAUGGAAUGCCCAGGGACUCAUCUCGCUUUCUAAACAGGCCUAACAUGGCAGACCCUAAAGUUGAUUUUUACCCUGGCCCAGGGAAAAAGUGCUGCCAGAGCUAUGAUAACUUCUCCUAUAGAUCUCGUUCCUUUAGGCGUAGUCACCGCCAGAUGCAGUGUGUGAAUAAGGAGUGCCAAUAUAGCUUUGCCCCAGAAAAUGGACAGAUGCCCCAGGGCUUGGAAGAAACCAUUACUUUUUAUGAAAUUGAAGGGGAUGAGACUGCUUAUCCAACUUUACCUAAUAAUGGAAGGCCCUUUACAAUGGUUCCUCCUAUUUCGACAUACUGUGUUGCAAGGCGAGGACAUAACUCAGGCAAACAGACUUUGAGCUCAGAGGAGGGUGAUGGCCAGAGUGACAAUGGGGGAUAUCAUGAAGAAUAUAUUUAUCCUUCAGAACCAGACAAUGAAACUUCAGGUGUUUAUAGCACAACUGAAUCUACAGCAAAUUUGUCUCUUCAGGACAGAGGACCAUAUUCUAUGUCUCCUCAGGACACAGUUACCUCAUACAACUACCCUCAGGAGGUGAUGGUAAAUUCUGCAGCAAUUGCAACUUCCUGUGCCAAUAAUGUUCCAGCUCCAGUCUUAUCUAAUUGUGCAGCAUCUAAUCAAGCUAGUAGUACCACUUCAGUUUCCUCACAGCAUGCUAUACAGCCUCUAUAUGUAUCUUCACCUACACAAGGCAGGCCAGUGAUUGUUCCACCAUCUUAUCCAUACCUCUCUGCUCCUGUGCCUGCCAUUGCUGCCUCUCUGCCACCACCACCACCUCCUCCUCCUCCACCUCCUCCUUCUCCUCCUCCACCACCUCCUCCUCCUCUUCCUGCCGAGGUGGGGGAGGCAUCAAAUUUACCACCACCACCUCCACCUUACUCCUGUGAUCCAAGUGGCAGUGAUCUGCCUCAAGAUACAAAAGUUUUGCAGUACUAUUUCAACCUGGGAUUGCAGUGCUAUCACCAGAACUACUGGCACUCCAUGGUCUGUGUGCCACAGAUGCAGCAACACCAUCUUACUGUAGAGAAUUAUCCAGUCUGUACUGAGAUACCUACUCUGGUAGAUCAGACCAUCCCUCUGUUGUACAAUGAAGUGGGGAGACAAGAUGAUGCACAAGUGGAAGCAUCAGCAAAUGGUACUAUCCCAAGUAGUGACCCUGUGCCUGUCCCUCAUGGAGCAGUGUAUUUUCCAGUGAUGUCAGAUCCCUGUGGGCAACCACCUUUGCCUGGUUUUGAUUCCUGCCUUCCUGUUAUGCCGGAUUAUUCCUAUGUUGCCCCCUGGCAUCCCAUUGGUGCAGCAUAUGGUGGUUCUCCUCAGAUUCAUGGUGCUAUGAAUCCUGGGCCAGUUGGCUAUAUUACUUCACCUUCCUCAGCUUGUCAUUAUGUACCUCAGAAUAUGUAAGAUUCUGCAGUGUGAUGUGUUCUUGCACUGCCUUUUUUCUUGCUGUUUUGAUUUUUUUAAAACUUUUAUGUUAGUGUUUAAGUGAUUUAGGUGUUUAGAGUGGUUAUUAUUGUAUCUGUCUUUAAGAUUAUUUUAUCUUUUGAUUUAAAAUAGUACUUUAUAAUAAAGAUAUAUUGCUUUGGGCUAUGAAUAAGGAAAUCGAACUGAAUGUACAACCAGUCCCAUACUGAGCAUACUUUGUUGUAUUCAGCUGUCUUCCUGUCAGCCAGCCUGUCAGUGUUAUAUUAUUUAUGGUACCAGUUGAUAAAAGGAAUAAGUUAUACACACAGUUUCCUUGGUUUUGUCGUCAGACAUCAUAUUAAACUACAAAAUUCAAUUAACUUCCACUUCUCUCUAGAAAAUAAAACAAAACCAAGAGUAUUUGUUUCUAGAUAACUAACAAUAUUAAAUGAGCUCUUCAGGUUUCUUAAGAAUUGUCUAAACUGACUUGCAUUCUGUGAUAUUUUAUCAGUUUCAAAGGCACAUGGUGCUCAGCUUUAGAUUUAUCCCAUAUGCUAUAUUGCUUAAUAUUGGACUUAUGUAACUGAUUUACUGCACAGUAUUGAAUUGAUGUCCUUUGCACAGUUAGCAGUAAAUAAAAAUUAGCAUUUAAAAUUGCUAAAA